AUGUGCAAUCAACACAAUCUGGAAAUAUUCGAUCCCCACAGAUACAAGGAUCGGGAAUGCAGAACCAAAGGGAAGUAUCACAAACUGGCAUGUCCAGAAGUACAAAAUAUGAGACCUGCAGACCCUUCCCCUCCCACCAUCCACUGCAUCAACAUUACACUGGACGAGCGGUAUCUACUCUAUGAGGCAGACAAUUGCCCUCACCUGCUGUGGCCCUGGGGAGACGCGAUCACUUUACUGGUCCUAGUGGACAAUGAUACUGUCAAAAAGAAACUCAAGGAACAGAAAGCCCGCAAGUUGCCAAUCGAAUCACAAAUGAUUGAAGAAAUUAAGGACACUGGAUACAUACUCCUGCGUCCUGGAAUGGCAAUACUGUUACAAAUUGUGAAGACAAUUCAAGACAAGGGCCUGGACGCAGACACAGGCAAUGACAAUCUUCAGGGAUGGGUGACGGACAAGAAGCGACGAUUGGGGGAUGAUUCCAUUUCAGAUGAUUUAAUGGAAAGGAUGGCUCGGAUAAUGGAAGAUAUAUCGGGACUGGCAGAUGAAAGGUCAGACUCUCCUCCCUCUCGAAAGAAUGUUUAUACAGGAGGCAUCGCAUUCGAAUGGCACCUGUACACGAGGAAUGCGCAGCCUUUCAACAGUCAAGGCAAAGGCUGCUACAGCAUUGGUUAUACGGUGGAAAAGCAAGCGGCCCUGAUGCACCCUAGUAAGAACAUGCAAUACAACCCAGUAAUCAGGAUGGAUGACAACAUCAGGAUAGGAUUACUCAAUGUCGCUACUGAAUACAGCAGGAAUGGCUCCAAAGGACCAUACAGAUCUAAUGGAACAUUACGGACUGGAACACAGAGUUCCACCUCUAGGACACGACAAGAACCGUCUAUUCUGGACGGGAUGUCAAGUCAACAUGUGGCGCCCGCUUCCAAAUGA